AUGUCGUCUGAAACAGUUAAAGUUAUGGUGAGGGCUCGUCCCAUGAAUAAGUUAGAAAUAUCAAAAGGUUGUGCUAACAUAGUUCAAGUAGAUCCAUAGACAAAUUAAAUUAUUUUAUCCAACGGAAAAGAUGCAGAAGCAGCUAAAGUAUUCACUUAUGAUUAUGUAUUCCCACCAGAUAUUUAAUAGCAAACAGUUUAUGAAAAUUCUGCUUUUCCAUUAGUUGAAAGUGUAGUAGAGGGUUAUAAUGGGACUAUUUUCGCAUAUGGGCAAACAGGAUGUGGCAAAACUCACUCUAUGCUUGGAAAACCAAACGAUGAAGUAGAGAAGGGUAUUAUACCAAGAACGUUUUCACAUAUAAUUAACAUAGUAGAGAGUGCAAAUGACAAAAAUUUUUUAGUGAGAUGCUCCUACAUAGAAAUUUACAACGAAGAAAUACAUGAUUUGUUAGGUAAAGACGCAAAGGCACGUAUGGAUUUAAAGGAGUAUCCUGAUAAAGGUGUAUUUGUCAAAGAUUUAACAAUGAAUGUAGUUAAAACAGUAGCAGAAAUGGAAAAAUGGAUGAACAUAGGAACAGAAAAUAGAAGUGUGGGUGCAACUGCAAUGAAUAAGGAUUCAUCGCGUUCACAUUCAAUUUUUACUCUCUAUAUUGAAUGUAGUUAUAAAGUAGAGGGAGAUACAGAGGAUCAUAUUACAGCUGGAAAGCUGAAUCUUGUCGAUUUAGCAGGUUCAGAAAGAUAGAGCAAAACUUAAGCAACAGGAGAUCGUCUUAAAGAAGCCACAAAAAUUAAUCUUUCACUAUCUGCUUUAGGUAAUGUCAUAAGUGCUUUAGUUGAUGGUAAAAGCUAGCAUGUUCCAUACAGAGAUAGUAAACUCACUCGUCUAUUACAGGAUUCUUUAGGUGGUAAUACUAAAACAAUUAUGAUAGCAGCUAUAUCACCUGCAGAUUAUAAUUAUGAAGAAACAUUGAGUACUUUGAGAUAUGCCUCUCGUGCAAAGAAUAUCAAAAACUAACCAAAAGUUAACCAAGAUCCCAAGGAUGCUUUGCUUAAAGAAUAUGCUGAUGAAAUUAAGAAGCUGAAGGAGAUGCUUUUGAAAUAGUAAGCUGGAGAAUAAGUAAAUUUUAAUGCUGUUGUUAAUGGAAACGGAUAGCAAUAGCCUUAACUUGCUAUUUAGCACAGCUCAAGUCAUGUGAUGAAUUCAUCAGAAGUUAAAAAACUAAAAGAAAAAAAUGAUGCCCUUAAUGCAGAGAGACAAUAAAUAGAAGAAGAGAUGAAAAAUAAAGAAAAAUUGUUCUAAUAACAAAUGCAGGAAAAAUUAAUGAUUGAAUAAAAGCUUAAAGAAGUGGAAUAAAAGUUUAUUGUGGGUGGUACUGCAGAUUAAGAUAAAAAGAAGAAAAUCAGUUAAAUGAGAAAUAAAUUAAAGAAGUAAAUGUAAGAACAUGAAAAAAUUUAGGAGGAAUUGAAAUAGAAAGAUGAAGAAUUCGAAAAUUUAGAAAUAAAAUAUUCUUCUCUAUAGGAAGAACUUGACGCCACAAAAAAGAAGGUGAAAAAGCUGAAUCAGAAAUACAAAUAGGCUCAAAGUGAAAUAAAAGAUUUAGAAAAAGAACAUGAAAUAUAAAAAGAGGACCUUCUUGAUACGAUAAGAUAUUAGCAAAGAGAAGUAAAAAUACUUAUGUCAAUAUGUUAGAUGCUACUUACACCUGAUGAAAUAGAAAUUAUAAAAGGCUAAGGAGAAUGGUAAGAUGAUUAUUAAGUAUAUAAAUUACCUCCAUUUUACUUUAAGUAAAAAAAAUUAAAUUUCCCAAAGCUUCCAGCAGCAUAAGCUAUGGAUAUGAUAGAUCAAGAAAAACAAUCGAGGGAAAUAGAUUUUAUGAGAUAAAAUAAUAAUUUUGAUAAUAGAUAAAACAAUAACCAUUAAAAUGGAAAUUCUCACAGUCAUAGUAAUAGCAUCAAGAGAAUACCUUCCGGUACUAUGGACAACUUUGAAGAUAUGAACAAAUUUUAGUUUGGAAAUGGGCCUGCCAAAUCUAAUAACACAAGUAGAUACAAUAAUGGCUUUUAAAAUGGUAGUGAUGAAUUUGAUUUAUCCAAAUAUGAUGCUGGUGGCGGCAACAGUCUUCAUAGUAUUCAAGAGUCUCUCAAAGAAAAAAAUAACUCACCUAAUAUUAGAAUUAAAAAAGCUCAUAAAGUGUAACAAUAACCCGAGAAGCAGAGAAUUCCAAAUGUGUCUUUAGAUCCUAUUGAAUCUCAAAGAAUUUCGUAAUAAAAAUUAAUGGGCUUGUAAGAUUCACAUUUCUUAGAACCUAGCUUUUAGGGAGGAGAGUAAAGAAGAUCAAAAAAUAUUUAACUUUAACCGAUCUAAGCAAGACCUCUAAGUAAUAGUUAGACUGUGAUGAACUUAAACUAAUUAAAUAAAAAUAAUAUAAAUAUGAACAGCAUUGAUUUUGAUUAAAUAGCAAAUAAAACUCCAAAUAGAGUUAAAUUAGAUAAAAUUCAAGUUCCAAGGUGA